GGACUGGAGGACGGCGGGAGGGGGCGGGAGCGCUGGAGGUGGGGCCGCCGUCGCCGUCAGGGCCCCUGGGAGCGCGGGGCGCCGCCGCCACCGCCACCUCUCCUCGUCUCGGUUCCGUCUCCAGGGCUGCGGCGGUAACUGUGGCCGCAGCUGCAGAGCAGCGGGAGUCAGGAGCUGCGCUCCGCCGAGAGUUGGGCAGGGGAGCGCCUGCGCCUCCGCGGCGUCAUGGGCCCCCUUCCCGGGCCUCAACGGGCACUAGCCGCGGGAACCCCCGGGCCUCCUCGCGGCCAAGCCUGAGCGACCCCCGGGUUCUCCGGCUCCCCCUCCCUCCGCCCUAUUUUUUUCCUGCUCUCGCUGCAGCUACCGCUUCGGCUCUGUGUUAUGGCAACGGAGCCGCCAUCCCCCCUCCGACUCGAGGCUCCUGGCCCCCCAGAAAUGCGGACCCCACCCGUGAGCGAGCCCCCCCCCGAGGGCAUCCCGAAGCCGGCAGGCGGCAGGCUCCGCUUCCUCAAUGGUUGCGUGCCCCUCUCGCAUCAGGUGGCCGGGCACAUGUACGGAAAGGACAAAGUGGGUAUCCUGCAACAUCCGGAUGGCACAGUUUUGAAACAGUUACAGCCACCUCCCAGGGGUCCAAGAGAGCUGGAAUUCUAUAAUAUGGUAAGUGAGGUUUAUGCUGCUGAUUGUACUGAUGGUGUUCUUUUAGAGCUACGAAAAUAUUUGCCAAAAUAUUAUGGCAUCUGGUCACCUCCAACUGCACCAAAUGAUUUAUACCUAAAACUGGAAGAUGUGACCCAUAAAUUUAAUAAGCCCUGUAUAAUGGAUGUAAAGAUAGGGCAAAAGAGUUAUGAUCCUUUUGCCUCAUCUGAGAAGAUUAAGCAACAGGUCAGCAAGUACCCAUUAAUGGAAGAGAUUGGGUUCUUGGUGCUUGGCAUGAGGGUUUACCAAAUUCAUUCUGACAGCUAUGAGACACAAAACCAGCACUACGGAAGAAGCUUAACGAAAGAAACUCUAAAGGAUGGGGUCUCCAGGUUUUUUCAUAAUGGAUUCUGCUUAAGAAAAGAUGCUGUUGCUGCCAGCAUUCAGAAGAUUCAGAAUAUUCUGCAAUGGUUUGAAAAUCAGAAGCAACUUAACUUUUAUGCAAGUUCAUUACUGUUUGUUUAUGAAGGCUCAUCUCGGCCAACUACUACAAAAUCAAAUGACAGAACUUUGGUAGAAAAGUUUUUGUCCAAAGGACAACUGUCAGACACAGAUGUACUGGAGUACAAUAAUAACUUUCAUGUGUUAAAUUCCACAGAGAAUGGAAAAAUAGAUGUUUCAGUAGGCAAAAGCUUGUCCAAGAUGUAUGCUUGUCACAGAAAAAUGUGUUCAAAAAAGCAUCACAGUCAUACUUCAUUGAAAGCUGAAAAUACAGAGCAAGACAAUGGGUGGAAAAGCAUGUCACAGGAACGUUUAAAUGGAAAUGUACUUUCCCAACUGGAAAAAGUUUUCUGCCAUCUUCCCACUGGUUGCCAGGAGAUUUCAGAAGCAGAAGUGCGAAUGAUAGAUUUUGCUCAUGUGUUCCCUAGCAACACAGUAGAUGAGGGAUAUGUUUAUGGGCUGAAGCAUUUAAUUACUGUACUGCAAAGUAUUUUAGACAAUUGAAUCCUUUGCUGUGGUCUUUUUAAGGGAUGGGGCAAUCAUAACAAAAGCAGCAGUCAAUAUCUCUAUACUUGUAAAGCUAUGUAAAAAAUUUAUAUUGUGAGUCUACAUUUUGUCUUUAUACUUUUGGUAGAAGGGUUAUCUUUUUUAUAAUCUUACUCAGGAAAACUAUCUGUUCAUUAGAAAACUAUGAAGAAUAAAAAACUUAGGAAUGUUAAGCAGGGAAUGUGGUGGUACAUGGCUUAAACAUCUAUUUGGCUCAAGCAAAAUGCAAACCAUUAUUCAGUCAUUAAGAGUUUAUUUAGCUUUCUGUAGCCAAUUUGUCAUGAAAUUUCUGCCCACCCAACCUUGACAAUGAGCCAUAUCUAAACUCAUUAAUUUAUUAGAACACUUUAAAAAAUCUAGAAAGCACAGGUUGAUGUCCUUAGUAUUGCUAUGAAUGAAGUUAUUAAAACUGGAGAAAAUUCUACUUCAGAAAGUUAAGUACUGUUUAGGUGUUACAUUAAAAGUUCAGACCAGCAUAUCAAAAGGUGCUUCUUAGUAAAGUGAUUUAGAAUUAUUGCAUUCCAAAAGCAGAUUUUCUCUUUAAUUUCCAUUUAUUUGCAUAUUUCAAAAUAUUAUAUAAAGAUAAUUGAAGUGAACAACAACAACAACAAAUUUCUUGGAAUUAAGUUCACUAAUAAUUAUUCUUGCCAGGGUUAGGAGAAGAAAAAGGGCAUUUGCAAGGAGCAAAAUGUUUUCUUUUAAACUCUUAAAUUGAUGCAAAAAUUAGAAAAAGUAUUUACUAUAUUGUGAAAAAUGUUAUAAACCAUAUAAUACCUUUUCCUACCUUUUCAAAAGGUAGAUGAUUGUCUUAUUUUUCCUUUAAAGACCUUUUGAGAAUUUUCUCUUUUAAAAUGCAUGUAUUUAUAUGUCUUCAUUUAGUUAAACAGUAGUAUAUAUUGCUAAAAAGUUUCUUAGAAUUCUAAUAAGCAGUGAAGGACACCACCCAGUAUUGUAUCAAAAGUACCAUGGGUAAUUAGUGCACCUCUAUAAGUUUGGUGCAUAUCUAAAUCCAUGCUUCUAUUUCACUCUUACUCAAAACAGUUUUAUAUCCUAUUCCAGAUAGAAAUAACAAUUUAAAUUGUAAUGAGUGGAAAAAUUAUUAUCUGUAUUAUCUGUGUUUCACAUCUACUACCCUUUAAAAAAUAAGUAGUUACUUGUUAUUGAAAACAUUAAAACUUUGAAAUUAAAUUUGCAAAUAUGUUAGAUAUUUAUGAAAGCAUUACUUGCACUUUGAUUCACUAACACAUCUAAGCAGUUAACAGUUUUGCUGUAUUCUUGGAAGAUGUUUUGUAUUUGUGAGCUGUUGAACUUUCUCCCCUCUUUUUCCCCUAGAAUUACAAAUUAAACUUUUAAAUCUUAA